AGCAAGUACUAUCAUUGCGCCAACUGUGCUCUGUCACCCUAGAAUUCAGUCGACAUUUGGCUAACAGUACCACUCGGGGCAGCGUCAAAAGCAACGAAACAAAAUCGUAAAUCACCAGCGCACAGAAAACUGUCCUGAUGUCUAUUCUUCGUCGAUCCACCGACGCCAGGCCCUAUUGGUCGUUGGGAAAGAUUGCGAAUAUUGUUUUUGUCAAUGCUCUUUUUUUCAUCGCAAUACAAAGUGUCACGAGUAAAGACACCUGUGGAGCUACAGCAACGCCACCGCAGAAGCUGCUCAAUUCGGCGUUUGUGUUUGUGAAGCCCCAUGCGAAUACAGAAAAAGUCCGCGAAUUAGUUGCGGAAAAACUCGAGAGUGCCGGAAUAAGCAUUCUUUUCGAAGACGACAUCGGUGGUGAAGAAAUCGAUCGCAAUGGCCUCAUCGAUCAGCACUAUUACUCGAUUGCCUCGAAGGCGACCAUUUUGCCGGCUGAAAAGAUACCGGUCCCGCCGAAAGUUUUUCGUGAAACGUUCGGAGAGGAAUGGAGCAAGGUGCUAGAAGAAAACAGGGCGGCGAACGCACUCGAUGCAUGCAAACGUUUUGGAUGCAGCCCAGAGGAGUUGAACGAAGCCUGGAAUAAGGUGUCUACGGUAAAAUUCGGUGGAGGCUUCUAUUGUGGUGAGUAAAAGUGAGCACGAAACAUUAUGUUGCUUAGUAACUCUCUUCAUGACCAACGCAUUCAACAUUAUAGUGCUGACAUUCUUCCUCGUUUUCUCUCCUAAAAUAGGGAAAGUGUCAGUUAACGGAAAACCCGAACUCUAUGUAUUCAAUGCCUUUUUCAUGACGAUGAGGUCGAAGUUUGUCGGCAAAGAUAAUGGAAUCCACUGUUUCACCGUAGAGUGGGACUCAGAUACACUCUCUUGGUCGUCGUUUCGGCAUGAAAUUCUAGGGCCCACAGAUCCAAAGAAAGCGCCGUCGAAUUCAAUCCGCCGAUCAAUAUUGGAUCAGUACAAGAAUCUUGGGCUCUCCUCCGUUCCCAACCACUCCGACAACGGUGUUCAUGCUUCGGCGUCUCCCUUCGAGGCUCUAGCAGAAAAGUUGAAUUGGUUAAGCCUAAACUUGGAAUCAGAUAGUUUGGGAAAGAAACUCCUUGAUGCUGGCAUCAGCGAAACGAGGAUCAAAGAAUGGUGUCUCGACCCUCAAAUAAAAACUUCGGACUCAUCAACGGGAAGUUUAUUCGAUGAAUUAGAGGACCUAAAUGUUGAUGACUGCGUGAGCAAACUUCUAGAAUUGAAUAGAUUGAAUUAAAAUAAGUUAAUCACUUGUUA